AUGGGGUGGCCGAACAGGAUUCAGUCGGUACCAGAGGAUGUGAAGGCAUUCUACUCGGUUAGGAGUGAACUAUCCGUGUCAAAGGAUCUGCUCUUGUAUCGAAAUCGUACGGUAAUCCCUACCGAGUGGAGAAGAGAUAUACUGAGCAAGAUCCAUGAAGGUCACCAGGGUAUCACUAAGUGUAGGGAACAUGCCAAAAUGUCUGUGUGGUGGCAAGAAAUAGGGCAAGACAUAGCACACGAGAUUUCUACUUGCCAGUUUUGCCAGACAAACCGUCCUACACAACAGAAGAAACCAUUAAUCACUACUCCAUUACCAGCUAGACCCUGGCAAAAGGUUGGGAUGGACUUGUGUGAGUUGGAAGGAAAGAGAUAUUUGGUCGUCAUCGACUAUUACUCUAGGUAUUUGGAAGUGAUGUACGUACCAGAAAUCACGUCGAAACAGGUUAUUGGUAAGCUCAAGAACUUAUUCGCAAGAUGGGGCAUCCCAGAGGAAGUCGUCUCUGAUAACGGGGCUCAGUUCACAUCGACGAAGUUCCGGCUGCUCCAGAGUGAAUACAAUUUUAUUCACACAACAUCUAGCCCACACUUUCCACAGGCUAAUGAUCUUAAGAGUGUCAAAAUGACAGAUGACCGAGCUAAGACGAGCUACCGUCGGUUCUACAACAGACGUCAUUCGGUGAAAUCUCUUCCAGAGCACGGACCUGGAGACAUGGUACGGGUAAAGUUGGACAAGGAGAAGGGAUGGAAAACAACGGGAGUGGUUGUGAGUCAAGCGACUACCCCACGAUCAUACAUAGUGACUACCGAUGGUUUGGCAACAAUGCGGCAAAAUCGAAGACAUCUGAAGGUCAGCCUUGGUGAUGAUGUGGCAGUUCCUGUGGAAUCCCAGGAUACACCAAUGUUAGAGACAGUGCCAUCUUCUGGUGAACGAACUGAGACUCCAGAAGAUAAUGCACACGAGAUGGAUGUGGAAUCACAUUCACCCGGUCCACGGACAAGCGGUCGGGUAGUGCACAAGCCGUUGCGUUUUCGGGAUGAUAUUGAUAAAUGA